UUCAUCGAUGCCUUCCAUCGAAUCUUUGCAGGUUUAAAACCAUGACCUCCGCCUUCGUACUCCUCAGCCUUCUCUCCCUCGUCGGGUUUGGGAGUGCUUUAAAUUGCUACCAAUGCAAUAGUGCCGACGAAUGCAAAGAAGGCAAGUCUCGAAAUUGCCCCGAGGUUCCAGUGGUCGAGAUGCACUGUUGGAGCGUCCGCAAUUCCAAGGGUGAAGUGCAGAUAGCCAGCUGUUUCCCCUGGAGAAAGGAAGAGUGCAUGAACACACCCACGCUGCCCGAUGGGAGGAAGAUCUCCUCCGACUGGCAGGCAUGCGCGUGCAAGACGGAUCUCUGCAACGCAGCCGGCCCCGCGAUCGCCCCGUCCCUGCUUCCUUACCUCUUCCUUCUCUUCGCCGCUUCCUGGCGUUUCUUCUCUCUCUGAAUCUUUUCUUUCUCUCAGUCGAGUGUAAAUAAAGGUGCCUAAAUAUACAUAUCAGGUUGUAAAGGUGAAAUUUAGACAUUUUCCAGAAAACAAUUUAUUGACAAUUAACUCAACAACGACUAGAGUGCAGUCUUGCGUCAAUGUAUCUGUUGUAGGUUCACGAUAAGCACUCACGCCCACAAUGCCCACUGAUCACUCUACUUAUACACCUACAUAGAAAGUUCUACAGUGUUUUUCACUUGACUUCGACAACGGUGCAUGGUGAGGGUGAUAUAGCGGAUCGACGCAGAAACUAGGAGUUCCAUACUUAAGUGCAGAUGUCGUGAUGACAUUGGCGACAACGAUAAUGAAGAGAGGAAAACCAAUAUGAACCUUCCUUAAUACACAAUAUAUUGAAAUGAUAAUUUAAUGUCGUAGUGAAAAACUAGGCUUUCGUGUCACCCAUUACUGUUUUCCUAAUAUUUCAAUAAAACAGAUGAAGUUUUGGGCAUCGUUCCUGGGUUCUGAAAUAUCAUACCCCACGCAGACCUCACGUAGGCUAGAUUAGGCCUAUCUAACGUGGAUCUGGGAUUGUCCAUCGAAGUCCGAUCCAGUGUUUCUACAUCGUUGAGCCGAUGGGAAAUUGAAAACUUGGAGCCUUUUUAUUUAAAUAGAUUGUAAGGACGGUCUCCCGUUGACAACAUGGCUAUGCAUGCGGUUCAUCGUUUCCAGUACAUAGUUUCAUUCAUAUGAAAAAGCCUAAAUAUUCGAAGGAAAGAAAGAUGUCGCUAGUCACCAGGGGCACCAGCGCCCUCGCCUCCUCUCUGAAUACCCCUCGCAUCGGUGUCUUAGUCAAGUGAAAAAUUGUCUAACUGAAGUGAAAAACACUAACAUUUUCCAGAUUUUUCUAGAAAAAAUCGAAAUGUCUAAAUUUCACCUUUACAACCUGAUAUAUAAAUGUAAAUGUAAUGUAAAUAAACGUCGGAAUAGG